UUAAUAAUCACUAUUAGAUCGACAAUAAAGCGUCAUCGUCGGAUAAAUAAUUGGAUAAAUAACGAAUGGAUAGUCGAUUUCUUUCUUUUGCUCCGAGAUGAAGGCAAACAUUAUUAUCGCCGUCAUUUCUUUCGUUUUGGUUAUAGGAGGAAAAUGUCUGAUACAAGAAGAAGAAACCUUUUUAGACCAGAAAACUUCAAAAAGAGACAUUGCCUGGAAACAUUAUGCCUGCAGAUAUAGCGGAAUAAAAAUUGCAGACGAGAAAGACUGCAGAAAAUAUUACGAUUGUAAGAAAAAGAAAGACGAAAUUUGUCCUUCGGGCAAAUUAUUUGACGAGAAGAAGUCAAAAUGCUUACCAAAACACGAAGUCGAUUGUAAGAAGAGAAAGAUUUUCGAUGAUACAGAUUCUUCUUCGGAAUCAAAAGAAGAGCAAGAUUCUGUAUGUGUAAAACGAGAGGGAAAAUUUCCGCAUCCUACUGAUUGUUCUCACUAUUAUAAGUGCAAAUCGGGAAAAGCUGAAUUGAAAUCAUGCUCAAAAAAUACUUUGUUUCAUCCCAAGAAAAAUAAAUGCGAACCAGAAAGCAAAGUUCAUUGCGGCAGUAAAAAAAAUCCUUAUGAUCCGGAUUCCGAAACAAAUUUUACGUGCCCUAAAGAUAGUGGUAAUUUUCCUCAUUCAGAUAACUGCGCAAAGUAUUACUCCUGCGAUUACAAAUUAGCAAGAUUACAUAAUUGUCACAGAGAAGAACUAUUUGAUGAAAAAAAGCAUAAAUGUCAGCCACACGAAAAAGUUUCAUGCGGAGAUAGAAAAAAUCCUUAUGAGCCCGAGAAGAAAAAUAAUUUCGUUUGCCCUUUUCCGGAAGGAGAAUUUGCCCAUCCUCAGGAAUGCAAUAAAUACUAUUUGUGCAAAGCUUUUCAUCCUAAAUUAAAAACGUGUGCUUGGGGUGAACUAUUUGAUACUAAAAAACAAAGAUGCUUCAAGGAGAAGAAAGUCAACUGCGGUCAACGAAAAAAACCAAUAGAGAAAGAAUUCGACUGUCCUUCAAAAAAGAAUGGAAAUUACAUUGCCGAACACGAUUGCAGUUUAUAUUAUUCUUGUACGGCUGGUCGGCCACACUUGGAAAGUUGUCCAUCUCAACAACUGUUUGAUACUUCAGAAGGUUGUAUGGAGGCGGAGACGGUGGAUUGCGGAGCCAGAUUCAAUCCCUACGAAGAUGAAAGUGAGAUAUCGGAUGAGGUAGAUUUUGACUGUCCCAGACUCAAUGGUUAUUAUGCUCAUCCUGAUGAUUGCAGAUCAUAUUAUAAUUGUCAUAAUGGCACCGCCACUUUAGAUAGCUGCCCGGAAGGUCAAAUGUUCGACACUUUUAAAUUGAGAUGUGCUAAUGAAAGAUCAGUAGAUUGUAAACGCUCAAUUAAUCCUUUGGAUGUUAACGAUAGACACGAUCGUUAUCGGUACCGUUAUCGGUGGUGUCCACGUGCACGAGGAUUCUUUCAUCACUUCUCCCAUUGCGGUUAUUAUUACAAUUGUUGGCAUGGACGUCCUUCCUUCAGAAGAUGUUAUCAUGGUAGAUUUUGGGAUGUGUUCCGAAGAAGAUGCUAUUCUAAAUCUCUAGUCGACUGUGGAGACAGAGAGGACAAAGAUAAAGAUGACGAUAAGCAGGGUUUUACCUGUCCUUCCUCUCGUGGGCGUUAUCCAGAUGACACAAAUUGCAGCACUUACUACGAAUGUGACAAUAGGAAAUGGACAUUCAAGAGUUGUUCAAAAGGCAAAUUAUUUGAUGCAAGUAAGAAAAAGUGUGAGAAACAUUACAAAGUAGACUGUGGUGAUCGAUUCGAUCCAGAAGGUGUCUCCGAUCAUCAACAUUUUGAAUGCCCGACGUCAAAAGGGAAUUAUCCAAAUUCUGAGGAUUGUAGUCGCUACUAUUCCUGUAGUCGGGGGAGAGCUACCUUAAAAGUCUGUCCAUCUGGUCAGCUAUACGAUGUAGAGAGAGGUGACUGUGAAAGAAGUUAUCGAGUUGAUUGUGGUGAAAGACCUAAUAACAAAGAAAAUGAUGUAGACGAUAAUGAAGUAAAGUGCCCAACUGCAAGUGGAAAUUAUCCACAUCCUUUGGAUUGUAAAAGAUAUUAUGCUUGUUUCAAUGGCCUAGCAGUGGAAAAGAAAUGUCGUGGAGGUCAACUAUUUGAUGUAGGCCGAGGAGAAUGUGAAUCCGAUUAUCGAGUGGAUUGCGGAGCGCGAAUAGAUGAUUCUUCUAGUUCUAGUUCUAGUUCUGAAGAAGGUUCGUUUGAGAAACAUUAUAAAUGUCCGACCACUAGAGGAAAUCAUCCUCAUCCAGACUGUACAUUAUACUACCAUUGCUCUAAUAAAAAAUAUCAAAUAAAAAAAUGUCCUGAUGGGCAACUAUACGACGUUAGACGACAGGACUGCGAUCGCUGGGAUAAGGUGGAUUGUGGAGCUCGAAAAGAUCCUAAAAAUAUUAAAACUACACAGAAACCAAUUGAGAAAAUUAAAACAACUACAAUUGAGCCUACUAAGACAAAAAUAACAACAUCUUAUCCAGUUACCAGUAAAGUUACAAAAGAUAAUAUUGGUAUCGAAGAUAUGACUACAAGAGAAUCGGUUUCUGAAAGAGAAACUGUAACUAAUUCAAUUUUCGAUGAAACUACCAGAAUUACCGAUGAUUAUGGUGAAGUCACGACUGAUAACAAUGAAAUUGAAGACAAAACCAAAAGUGAAUUGUUCACUAAGUCAAGUGUAGAUUCUAGCGAAUUUACAAAUGUUGUCUUUACAGAAAUAACACAAGAAAAUAUUGACUCUACACAUAUCCAAGUCACAAAUAAUGACAAUGAAGGAGGAAAUACAAAUGAAGUAUCCACUGUAUCAUAUCCUNUAUAG